CGUCGUGUACGGUACGUUGUCGUUGUAUCACGUCAGUGGAGGAGAUACAACGUGUCUAAAAGCACAUAGCACAAAACUUGUAUCUUAUCUAAUUUCCGAAAAAAGCAAUUCAACUUUUUUCGUCACGGUUAAGGCCAUCUAACGUGUGUCUCUCGUUUUUUAUAAUUAACUCUACACUACUUAUUAUAAGACACCUAUUAUAUCAAGUGACACAGUUUGUUUAAAGGAACAUAGCUUAUAGUUUUACUUAGAUGAUAUCCUUAUUUUGGAUAAAGCAACACAUGAAUUCCUUUGCAAGCCUAUGGAAGAAUCUGUUAUGGAUAUCACAGUGGGAACGGGAAGGGAUAAAAACAUAGUCAACGAAUCCCCUUACUCGUUUAGCAGCAACUCAACUGAAUACUUUGAAAAUGAGGAUCUCAUAAGUAAGGACGAUGACGAUAUGACAUUUUGUAUGUCGAAUUAUGCUAAAGAAGCCCUCAGAAUGAUGUUUAUGAUGCGAUCCCAUCAAAUGCUAACCGAUGUGAUAUUAGAAGUCAAACAAGAGCUCUUCCCAGCCCACAAAGUUGUAUUGUGUGCUGCUAGUCCCUACUUCAAAGCCAUGUUCACAGGUGGUUUAAAGGAAGCAGAAAUGAAAAGAGUUCAAUUGCAAGGGGUGUGUCCAACAUCAAUGUCCCGUAUUAUACACUUCAUGUACACAGGCCAAAUCCGCGUUACAGAAGUGACGGUGUGUCAGCUAUUACCUGCUGCCACAAUGUUCCAAGUGCCAAAUGUGAUAAAUGCAUGCUGUGUAUUCCUCGAACGACAGUUGGACCCCUCGAAUGCAAUUGGUAUUGCAAAUUUUGCUGAACAACAUGGAUGCACAGAUUUGCAGCGUAAAGCCAAUAUGUUCAUCGAACGUCACUUUACACAAGUCUGCCAUGAAGAAGAAUUCCUGCAGUUGUCUGCCAUACAACUUAUUGCACUGAUCCGUCGUGAUGAGUUGAACGUUCAAGAGGAACGUGAAGUCUACAAUGCCGUCCUUAAAUGGGUUAAAUAUGAUGAAGCUAAACGUUUUCCCAAAAUGCCAAGCAUUCUGCGUGCCGUUAGAUGUCAAUUAUUGACGCCCACUUUUCUCCAGGACCAAGUUAAAAACUGUGAUAUUUUACGAAAAGCACCUGCUUGCAAGGAGUAUUUGGCUAAAAUCAUAAAAGAUUUAACGCUACACAAGAGGCCUGCGGUGCGCGAAAGGAAUCCCAAUACAACACGAAUGAUAUUCGUUGCUGGGGGUUUUUUUAGGCAAUCUCUGGAUAUUUUAGAAGGUUAUAAUGUUGAUGACAAAACGUGGACAACACUGCCAAAUUUGAGAAUACCACGUUCAGGAUUGGGAGCGGCAUUUCUGAAGGGAACUUUUUAUGCUGUCGGUGGACGAAAUAAUUCAAUUGGAUCUUCUUAUGACUCGGAUUGGGUGGAUAAGUACAAUGCUGUGACAGAACAAUGGCGACCUUGUGCUCCGAUGUCGGUACCACGACAUAGGGUCGGUGUUGCAGUGAUGGAUGAGAAGAUGUAUGCUGUGGGAGGCUCAGCUGGAUCGGAAUAUCAUAAUUCUGUUGAAUGCUAUGAUCCAGAGAAAGAUCGUUGGACGCUGGUUCAAUCAAUGCAUUCGAAGAGACUUGGAGUUGGUGUGGCUGUUGUCAAUCGCCUGCUAUAUGCAAUCGGUGGUUUCGAUGGCAACGAUCGUCUAGCAACUGUCGAAUGUUAUCAUCCUGAGAAUAAUGAAUGGAAUUUCAUUCCGCCAAUGCAAGUUGGACGCAGUGGAGCAGGUGUUGCUGCUAUCAACCAAUAUAUCUAUGUUGUCGGUGGAUUCGACGGAACUCGCCAACUGGCUUCCGUUGAACGUUACGAUACCGAAAACCAAGUGUGGCAAACCAUGGCCCCAGUUAAAAUAGCCCGCAGUGCUUUGUCCCUGACUCCUUUCGAGGGCAAAUUGUAUGCCAUGGGCGGAUUUGAUGGAUCGAAUUUUUUGUGCAUCGUCGAAGUGUACGAUCCGGAGGAGAAUGUCUGGAAAGAGGGAACCCCCCUGAGUUCUGGUCGUUCGGGACAUGCUUCAACUAUAGUCUUCCAGCCGUCAUGUGUAACGUCGCAUAUGGAUUGUCUAGAAAACGAAGCCCUAUUCAAAGACGAACCGCCAUCUGGCAAUGGCGGCAAUGAUCGCGGUGGUGGCGGUCCUUCAUAUGAAUACCACUUAUUUUCAAGUGCCUGUAGUAGUAGACAAGCCUCAAUGCAUCCCUUCUCUGGCAGUGGGAGCGGGGGCGCUUGCAGUAGUAAUAGCGAAAUGGUCAACGUCGAAUCAAUCCCCACAGAAACUCACAGUUCUACAUUAGUCAGCCAGUCGACAGCGUCAACCGUACUGAGUCGAGGUCUUCAAAACAUUUGCCUGUCCAAUGGCAUCGACUCCAGACUUGAUGGUAGCGGAGGUGGCGUGGCAGGCGCACUUAUCGUUCCAACAACACUUCCAAGGUUCAAUUAUAUUUACAGUAUAAAUCCACACAGUUUGGAUCAAUUGAAGAUCAAUGAAAAAAUCUGCGCUUUAGUCUUUAAAAAAUGGUGCAAUCGACAAAGGCAUCGGCCGUGUCUAUUCCGACGGAUACGACAAAGUAUCUUCGAGUCGCUGUGUAAUAAGAAUUCAUGUAAUAGGCAGCCGCCGCCACAAGGACUUGCGUGAUAGAUACUCCUCUUAUCUCUCCCCAAGAGGACUAUUAUUUUAUAUUAUUUCUGUUAAUUUAAAUAUCAUUCCAACAGCAAAACAAACAAACAAAAUGCAACAGCUGUUUUUAUGUAUUCCAGCAUAAAUCAUUUUCAUCGGCUUGUGCAUUCCUAUUCAGUCAUAUUGCCAAAAAUAACAACAACAACAAAAACAAAAAAUCUAAAUCUUCGCGCAUCAUCUUUACAAUUAAUUCUCUGUUGCAAAUUAUGGAAAAGAAAACGUUUUUAAUUUUUGUUUAAUUCAAAAAGAAAAACUUGAUAUUUUUUAAUUGUUAAACAAUAUUAUGUUGUUCUGAAUGUAUUUUUUACCUAAAUUAUUUUCCUGUCGAAAUGUGUCUUUAUUUAAUUAUUUAAGAAUAUUAUUAUUAUAAUUAUGUGUACCUAUGUAUAUAAUUUUUAAGCUUUAAGGUUUAUUUAAGGUUUUUACAUUAAAAACAAAAACCCAAUCAAUUUAAGAUUUAAUUAAAAAAACAAAAGUAAAUUUGAUAUUUCAAAAAAAAA